AUGGCCUCUGACCAGAAGCCCCUGAACGGAUUCCAAACGCCUCCCAGCAACAGGACUGAGAACUGUCCUCAAGGCGCCGUCGAUUCCCAAGCCAAUCCCGUGAUGUCUUCCACCAGCGCGACCCCUCCCCCACCCCUUCCCCAAAUUCGCUGGCCCCUCAUGUUCAAAGGUACCCCAAAAUCCUUCUCCUCCCAAUUAAAUGCAGUGUCUUGGUCCACUCAGGACAUCGCCGACGUCCGUAAUGAACUCCGAAAAGCGCUGCCAUUCUACAAGAACAUCUAUGCCACCCUCGAGAUCCAACCCGAGGUCCUCUCCAGGCUCGACGUCCUCCAGCAUCUGGGAGUCAACAUCCACCACCCUCACAUUGCUCGUCCUGGCGGCCUGGGUAGCCUGCUUGGAAUCUGGAAUGAGCUGGCUGGAUACUCCAACAAGCAAAUUCGGGAUUUGAAGAACAAGAAUGCCAGUCUGAAUCAUGAGAUCAGCAACUUGAAGAGAAAGGUUGCCGACCUCGAAGCCAGUGACACAAAGUCCGAUCAAGAGAUGGCCGGUACCGAAAAGAAAGAAACCGCCAAAGAGCCCACCCGAUUUGAUGGCUCCGAGCCUAACAAGUAUGUUCGGUAUUUCAACUUUAUGCUCUGGAAACGCGACAUCACCCGCGCCUGGAGCGACAAGCCAGACACCUUCAAAACGGAGAAGGUCAAGAUCUGCUACAUCUUGUUUUUCCUUGACGGCGAUGCUUUUUGGGAUAUUGCUGAUGCUGUCGAGGCGAUUGUGAACAGCGAUCAGAGCAGCGAUGCUUGGGAGUUCAGGACGGGCGAGGAGCUGCUCGAUCACCUCACAGAGAAAUAUGGGAAGCGAGAGUAG